CCACCCACCAUUUUUCGCUCUGCUAAUUCCUCGUUUUGCUCACAGACUUGUCUUCUUUCUCCUGUUAAUGCCUUUUAAUUGGGUUUCUCUAUCACCGAUUUUACUCGCAACAACCCUAACUCGUUUGUUUACUUCUGACCUGACUCACUGUGUUCCUCAUAUUAACUCGUUGUAACAAUGAGCCGAAUCAGGAGAAUCGAGAUCCUCGAUCCCUACUACCCCUCCAUCUAUGUUAGAGAAGCCUCCAUUUUUACUCCCAAGACCCUAGCUUUUCCCUCAUUUCUAGUAGAAGAGGAAACAGAUGCUCUCAGUUUUGCUCUUGAUCUUUUAAACCCUAAGCCCAGCCCUUUUGAGCUCUUUGACUCAGUGUCGGAUCUUAUUCAAAUCGAGAAUCCGCUGUCUGUUUGCUCCUACAAGAGGAUCCAGAAACGAGUCGGCUACGAUUUGUGCUUGCAGACCCUAUGUGAUCGAGUCAGUGUUCUCGAGUCUACGUUUGACCGGUUAGUCAGCGCCAAGGUACACAGCAGUGACCGGAAGUACACAUGGACAAAGGAGAUCGAGGGACCAGUGGAGAGGAAGUACAAGUGGACUGCAGAGAUAAAAGAAGGGAAGAAUAAUAAAGAAGUGAAGAAGGGGGGAGUUGAGAAGAACUACAAGUGGACUGCUGAGAUUAAGAAGAAAGAAGAGGAGCAGCCGAUCUCUCGGAAGUACACUUUCGAAGUGUCAAGUGGCGAUGCAGGUGAGAGCAGCGGAACAGGAAAGAAAGAGAAGAAGGAGAAGAAAGGACGGAAUGGCGUGCGUCUGGUGGAGAUCGAAGAACCCAACGAUCAUGGGGUUGUGGCUCUUAAACAGGCAUUUGCGAAGAGAGCUGGAGCUUCCAAAAGUAGCAAGGGAAAGCAGAAGGAAUUGUCUCCUCAAGAUGCUGCACUGUUGAUCCAGCUGACUUUCAGAGCUUAUCUAAUACGUAGAUCAAAGGCUCUUCGUGCCCUUAGAGAGCUGGCAAUUGCCAAGUCCAAGUUGAAGGAGAUCAGAGCUUUGUUCAACAAUUUCUCCUACCGUAGACAAGUAGCCCGUGAUGCAGAGGAACGCCAGAGGUUCUCUGAAAAAAUCAUUGUCCUGCUUCUAACCGUUGAUGCUAUUGAGGGAGCUGAUCUGAUGGUGCGAGCUGCAAAAAGGACAAUGGUGGAUGAGCUAGAAGCAAUGCUUGAUGUGGUGGACCCUCAGCCUCCGGAGAAAUUACUUUCCAUAAAAAGGCGUAUAUUUGAUAUGCCUGAUGGCGUUAUCAGGAAGGAAAUAGCAGAAGGCGUGACUCGGGUUGUGCAAAUGCUUGAUGAUGAAUAGAAUCUCACCACCACUUUUGAGGCAUGCUUUCUGAUGGCAACAGUUUGUGACAGAUCAUCCCAUCUUUGAGUUUAUUUAGCACCCUGACUUGUUGUUGUUGUAAAAUAUGGAGCAUAUCUAAUAUGGCUCAGCUGUUGAUUUCGUUCUGUGUUUGAUGAGGAAUAAUGAUAGUAGCUCGUUGCUGUAUUUCCAAUUAUCGGUUCAUUUGAAUAUGCUCAUGACAUCUUUUUUAUUUA